AUGUCAUCAUCAGAAUCACUCUCCACUUCCACUGUAGCUCCUAACCUGGAAGCUACACAAGGCCGAGAAACUGCAAUGCCUCAAUUGGAGACCCUCAUAUCUCAUUUGGUAGCAGCUAAGAGGUCUUUAUCUUCAAUCAGCCAUGUAUGGCGUGCGAAUGAGAUCGUCACGGCCGCCCGCUCCACACUAGAAGAGAGUGUUGUAGUAUCUGCACGGACGGGGUUUCUCCGUCGUGGACUGAAUAAUCAGCUACGCCUCCUCUAUAAUGUCCGCACUGAGGUAGAGGAAAUCUCUCUCCGCGGUCGAUCGGAGUUUGCGGGUGUGUUGAAGAGUUUAGAUGCCGCCGAUGGUCGGCUGCGAAAAACGCUAGACCUACUGCGGGAAACAAUUGUCCAUGGUUCAUUUCGGCCUGAGGGCGAAGAGACCAAAAGCUUGCAUGAUUUUGUGGACGAACGUGGAGUAGAGGAACUUCAUACGUCUUUAAAGAGCUCAAUAGAUCGCACGAAUGCUGUUCAAGUGGAACUGGACACUUCCAACGCUGCGUUUGAUGAUGAACUCAGGUCUAUCAAGAAAGCACUCGGCAAUUAUCGAACAGCAACCAAGUUGGCAUCGUCCAGGUCAUCUGCUUCAUCUUCAUCUUCCUCUGCAUCCAACUCUAGCUUACCAUCCCUGUCCUCAAUGCCAUCAAUGCUACAUUCCUUGGAAAUGCACGCCCAGGAAAUGGCUAAUUUAUUGGAAUCUCUGGUCCGUCACUUUGAUCUUUGUGUCACUGCUGUCAAGCACACCGAAGGUGGAGGGGCCGCAGCUCGAUCUAUCACAGGUGAUAUGCCUGCUGCGGUGCACGUUAGCGGUCGUGGCGUCCCUAACAUUGAGGAAGGCAUCAACGCCAAUUUAAAUGCCCCCCUUGAUCCCCUCAGUGACUCUGAAUAUCAGGAAAUGGUCAAUGUCUUGAUAAAAGAUGCUGCGGAGGCAGAAGACGUUGUAAUGGAAAUCCAAGAUCGUAUCGCGGAGAUGGAAUCUGUCCUGGAGCACAUGGUAGCUCAGCGUGAUACCUUUCUUUCGAUUUAUAAUGCUACCGCAAGUGUUUUCAAACACCUCUCCUCUCUCGCUACUACACGUUUACCCGGAUAUAUAUCACAGGCCCACAAUUUCACCCGUGUUUGGAACGAAGAACAUGAGCAUAUCGGAGCUGGUUUAUCAGAUCUUUCCGACCUCAAUUCCCUAUAUGAUGGUUUCUUAGAUGCAUAUGACGGUCUUAUCCUUGAGGUAGCUCGCCGGAGACAUGUGCGACAUCGUGUUGAAAAGGUACUCCGUGAUUGCAAGCAUAAGUUGGACCAGCUGUAUGAGGAAGAUGUCAAUGCCCGUGAGACAUUCCGGGUGGAGCAAGGCGACUAUCUACCGUCUGACAUCUGGCCUGGAAUCGGCCGUGAACCGAUGCGAAUAGAAUUCCAUCGCAUAUCAGGCGGUAAUCUCAAGGGUAUAGCUACGCAAGCCGAUGACCAACAAGAAACGGCGGCGACUGAGGCCGCGGAAGAAGACCGAACGGCACCAGUGGCAGAAAACAUCGAGAAUGGGGAAGUUAUUCCUGAACUACCGAAGGAUGUAGUUGAGCAAGCUCUGAUCCGUGUCAGAACUAGGACGAGACAUGCUGCCUAG